AAAUACAAAUGUGAUUUAAGUGUUUUCAAUGGCAAAACUUCCAGAAAACAGUGAAAGUAUGACGUCGCUCAGAGUGAUACGUCUGGAAUCACGCAUGUCUUUGUUGCUAUGGACGCUACCGUCCGAAGGUCUUCACGUGAUUAUCGUUUGAACAUGAGUUAAGCGGUCCACGAUGAAAGAGUGGUGGCUCCACGUCGGCUUGAUGUGCAUCCCGCUGCUGGCCGUCUACCUGCACAUCCCGCCGCCGCAGCUGUCACCUGCCCUGCUCAAGUGGCACAAUGCCGGCCGAGGCUUCACCUUCAGGGGCAGCGAGAUCUUCUACAGAGACUCUCACGGCGCCUUGGGAAGCUCCGACGUCAUCCUUCUCCUCCACGGCUUCCCCACCUCCAGCUACGACUGGAGCAAGAUUUGGGAGCCGCUCACCCAGCGCUUCAACCGUGUCAUAGCACUGGACUUCCUGGGCUUUGGCUUCAGCGACAAGCCGCGACCGCACAGGUACUCCAUCUUUGAGCAGGCCAGCGUGGUGGAGGCGCUGGUAGCACACUUGGGUCUCUCCAAUCAGCGGAUCAACCUGCUGUCACACGACUACGGAGACACGGUGGCGCUGGAGCUGCUCUACAGGAGUGACCAGAACCGCACGGGCCACCUGACCAUCAACAGCCUGUGUCUCUCCAAUGGAGGCUUGUUCCCUGAGGCCCACCACCCUCGCCUGCUGCAGAUGCUCCUGAAGGACUCCGUUAUCCUGGCUCCCAUCCUCACGCGGCUCACCAACUACAUGAUCUUCCAGAAAGGGCUCGGGGAAGUUUUCGGGCCGUACACGCAGCCAACAGACGCAGAGUUCUGGGACAUGUGGACCGGUCUGCGCUACAAUGAUGGCAACUUGGUUUUGGACAGUGUUCUCCAGUACAUCAACCAGAGGUUAAAACACAGAGAAAGAUGGGUCGGCGCGCUCACGUCCACCUUUGUGCCACUGCACCUGAUCUACGGCCCACUUGACCCUGUCAACCCCCACCCCCAGUUUGUCCGCCUUUACCAGCAGCUGGUGCGGCGGUCGACCGUCAGUGUGUUAGACGAGCAUAUCGGUCAUUACCCGCAGCUGGAAGACCCCACGGGCUUCCUCAACGCUUACUUUAACUUUAUUCACUCAUUCUGAACUUGACUGACAUGCCGAAGUAGGUGUUUCGAUUUAGACAAAAAAGUAAAAGAUAAAGGUUGCGCUUUAGCCCACGGACGCCAGGAUGACGUCGACCACCGUCUCCUCGUCGCUGCGGACCGUCACCUGCAUUGUGACGCCGUCGGCCAGCGCGAGGC